UUCAGUCAAGCUUUGGGGUCCGUCGAGAGAACACGCACGGUUACGGGAAGACAAGAAAAAAACAACGCUGGUGAAGUGACGACUGCUUGGAGAGGUACCUGAGCACGCAGAGGAACUGCUGGAAGAAGAUUCCCGGGGUGGCUAAAGUGAACAGAUGUGCUGCUGACCCGUUAGUUGAAGUGUGGAGGCCAGCUAGGAAGGUUGAUAGGUUGUUGAAAAGUAAGGAAGGAAGAGCUGCUGGGCCUACGGUUUGAAGUGUGUGUGUUUUGGGAUUCGAAGAUCUGUGCGGGAUAUCAGUGCGAGAAAAGGCAUAUAAUACAGUCAAGUGUGACAACUUUGUGGAUACGGCAGUCGGAUACUUGGAGUGAACGCUGGUGGAAAAAAAAACUCUAACUUUGAAGGAGUUUGCUGAGGGAAAGUUGGUGGAAACUUACAGCACUUAGGACAAUUUAAAAUGAAGACCGAGUUCAAAUCCUGCGGCGGCUGCUCGGAGCAAAUCACCGACCGGUACAUCUUCGAGGUGAGCGGGUGCGCGUGGCACGGCGCCUGCCUCCGUUGCAGCGUCUGCUACUGUCCGCUCGAGCGGCAGGUUUCGUGCUACUUCAAGGACGGCGAGGUGUACUGCAAAACGGACUACAUCAAAAAGUACAAAGCAGCUUGCACGAAAUGUUCCCGCUCGAUUUCGCCGUCGGACUGGGUUCGGAGGGCACGGGACUUUGUGUUCCAUUUGGCGUGCUUUUCGUGUGACACGUGCAGUCGGCAGCUGUCCACGGGGGAACAGUUUGCGAUCAUCGACGACCGGGUGCUGUGUAAGGCGCACUACAUGGAGCUGAUUGACGACGGGACGACCUCCAGUGAGGAUGGCUGUGACGUGGACGGGACUGGGAAGAACAAAACGAAGCGAAUAAGGACGACCUUCACGGAGGAGCAGAUACAGAUUCUGCAGGCCAACUUCCAGAUUGAUAGCAAUCCAGACGGACAGGACCUGGAGCGGAUAGCACUGGCCACCGGGCUGAGCAAACGCGUGACCCAGGUGUGGUUCCAGAACUCGAGGGCACGCCAGAAGAAGCACGGUGAGCUAACCUCCCCAGUCAUGAUGGACUCCAUGGCCAUGGGACAUGUCGAUUCUAACCGCUUUGUGUCGUUUGCAGUCCCGCGGGGUCAGGAGCUGUUCAACGGUCUGCGGUCGGACAUGAACAACAACAGCAGCAGCAACGACAGCCCCGGAGGAACUCCGAUGGACGAGUGCGCAAUGGCCAAGGCUUCAAUCUUCAACCACCACGGGUUCAUCAAUUUGAUGGUGUGACACGAGGCCGCCGCCGCCAGCAGCAACAGCAGCGGACAUCAUCACCAUCCGACGACGAUGAGUGGCCUUGAGCAUCACCAGCAACAGCAGCAGCACGUUGGCUACUCCUGAGGAUAGUUGACCACGCCGGAAUGGACCACCUUUGGGAGGCCCUAGAGGUUCUGCAACGAUCCGAGUGCACGUUAGCCCACCGAAGAUUGCCAGCACGACAAGCUGGGAAGACGAAGGAAACCUGAACACGAGAGAGCCACACACCAGGGACAUUUCGAAAGUUUGCAUCGCGCAAUACGAAGUUUGUACAGUUCUCACCGUUGGCAUUCUUUAUUUCACAGAGUUUCAAGUGAUUUUUUCAGUUUGUUUCAUGUGUAAUGACUAGACAAAUGGUGCUUAGCUUAGACGAAUUUGAAAGCUUUCUCUCCGCAAAGAGGCUAAUGUAAAUUUUGUUUACUCGAAUAAAGUAUUACGUGCACACACUCACACUGAUGUAUGUAUGAUUCACUAGAGAUCA